AUGAAGUGGAUGCACGAUGAGAUGGAUCGGAAGCUGGAGGUCCACUUAACAACCCUCGAGCUUGAGCGAGGUCCAGGACCUCUCAACCUGGCCAUGAUAACUGACACCCUACCAUUUACUAAGGACAUCCUUGAAUUCAAGCUCCCAAAGGAUUUCAAACAGCCCAGGAUAAGACUAUAUGAUGGGACCACUGAUCAGUGGACUUCCUGA